AUGAUCAAAGCCAUCUUCUACAGCAAAUUCGACAUCAAGGAGGGUCCCAAAGUCGUCCACCAAGUGCCCGACGGUGCGAUCGUCCCCUCCACCACCGCACCUUCGCAACCCCUCAUCCUCACCUUCUCCGAUGUCUCUUUUUUCGUGAUUCCACGUCAGGAACUGUGCGGAAACCUGAUCCAAGUAUGCACAAAUGGCUUCCGCAUUCUGGGAUACCCGAUUUGCAUGAAAUCGCCCCGAUACGACCGCAAUGAGUUCAUCUUCAACUUCUGCCUGGUCCUGGCGGAGGACGAGGAUUUCAGCACGUACAAAAGUGUAGUGCAGCGAUUGGCGGAUCUCAUGCGCGGAUUGGAAGAACAGAGUGGGUUUUUGUCUCGGGAUCACUCGAAGAGUGGUGAGGGAAAGGUGUAUAGUUUGUGUGAGACUUUGAUGGAGGAUUUGAAUAAUUAUUGUGAAUCUAUGAUUCCUGUUGAUGAAUUGAAUACGCUGAACAUUAAGCUGUUUCCGAUUUACCCUGCACCUCCACCGGUCAAGGCAUGGCAGGUUCCCCUAUUUACCGUUCGUUAUCAAGCGUUCAUGGAUGAGAACUGGGAUCUUACGAUGCAACGGAUCGUCCCACAUAUCAACGGUGUUAACAGCCUCCGUAUCAUCUCCAUCUUAGCCGAUACAGACUUCUCCCUCACCUGCCGCGCCAUCCGCCAUCUCCUCUACUAUGGGUGCCUCUUCCUGCUUGACAUCUUCUCAUUCUCAGCGAUAUACGCCCCAACAGCCCAAUUCAGCUCAACCGUCGCCUCCGAUGAAGACAUGCAGCGAGAGUGCGCCCGCUACGUGAACACCCUCUUCGCACCCCCCUUAGCCAACCCGGCCGCGCCAGCCCCCACCCCCGGACACCCCCUAUCAAGCCCCCGAACCGAGCUUCCCAUCGCCAGCACAGGCACCUCGCACCUCGACCCGGAUGAAGUCUGGCCCCCGGUCGAGAGCCCCAUCGAACCAACCACCAAUAACACCACCGCCAACGCCAACAACAACAAUAAAGGCAGCAGUCCCAGCACGGCCAUUUUAGCCCUCGACGACCCCCACCAGCGCGAAGUCGUCGACGGCACCGGAAUCGUCGAGCUCUACGCCAGCCUGAAACAGGGCCAGAGCCUAAAACAAUGGUACCUCCACCACAGCCGCCAACUCUCCCACAUCGACAUCCGCCGUUUCAUCACCUUCGGCAUCAUCAAGGGCUUCCUGUACCGCGUGCACAAAUACGCCUAUGCAACGGGCCUACCCGCCCCGCCGCUCAAGUCCGCCCAUUCCCAACUGCCCGGUUCCCAUGGCGGGAUCACGUCGCGAGGGCCCGGCACGGGCGCGAAUAGCCCCUACGCCUCGAGUAUCGGCGAUGACGCGGCCCCGAUACAUAGCCAGCGAAGCGAUGAUGGGCGCGAGCAGCACUCGACUUCGUUCCAGAGUGGGAGUCGCAGCGGUUUUGGCGCUGGGUUGGGAGAUGUAGACGAGGAGGAUUUCAUCGAUGAUAAGUCACUUUCCAAGUAUCUGGAUGGAAUGCACUGUUUCGAUCAGAUCUGUACCGAGCUGGAGGUUAGUGAGCGGGAUCUGACGGCGAGGUUGAAACGGUUCCCGGGUGAGGUUUUGAUCAUUCAUCGUUAG